CCCCCCGCCCCCAAGGGGGGUUCGGGGUCAUAAACCCCGCGCAGGGGAAGGAGCUCCCCCGCACCCACCCCCGUGACAUGCAGUAGCCCUGGAGGGGACCCGGCCCUCGCAUCUCGGGGGCGGGGGGUUGGAGAAUCAGCUGGGACUAAUGUCUGCGAUGGGGGCGAGGGUAGGACUCCUGGGUUCCAUCCCAGCUCGGGCGGGGGGGUCGAAUGCUUAGGGCAAGGCUGGAAUGAAUCUCAGCACGGACUGAUAAUGGAGGAAUUAUCCCCAUUUUUUUAGUGUGUCCAGUGCUGGUGGAUGCCUCGAGGACUGAAUUCGGCGCUGGAUCCUCUACUAUCAGAGUUGGACAGCCUUUCUUUGUCCCCCAAACAGCCUUCCAGCCAUUCUGCACUUCAGACACCCUGCAGGGAUCCUGUCCCUGAGGGCUAACGCACCAGGAUGUCCCAAGCAACCAAACGCAAGCAUGUGGUGAAAGAGGUGUUGGAGGAGUACGUGGUGCCGUCUCCUCAACAGCAGAUUGUCCGGGUCCUGGGGACCCCAGGAAACAACCUCCAUGAGGUGGAAACGGCUGAGGGAACCAGAUUCUUAGUGAGCAUGCCCACAAAAUUCCGCAAGAACAUCUGGAUCAAACGAGGUAACUUUCUGCUGGUGGACCCCAUCGAAGAGGGCGAGAAGGUGAAGGCUGAGAUCAACUUUGUGUUGUACAAGGACCAUGUGCAGUACCUAAAGAAAGAAGGGCUCUGGCCUGAGGCCUUCUCUGACACUGCAGAAAGUCAGCCCAGCUCUGAGACCAGCAGGGAAGGGGAGCAAACGGCUGCUCGCUCCUCUGGGGAAGAGGACUCGGACGACGACAGUGACCUGUUUGUGAACACGAACAGACUGCACUGCAGCUGCACAGAGAGCGAGGACGACAGCGAGGAGGAGGCAGUGGUGGCCAGCGACCGGGAUGAGGAAGAAAAAUAGUGACCCAGGGCAGGAAACCCGAUCUUCUAGCCUCCUAAACACCUCAGCAUGAGGAGCCUGAUGCAGCAGGAAGGAGACUGCCUUCUGGGGCUGAACUCACACCCACCAGCCUGGUGAAUGCUCCAGCUGGCUUGGAACUGCCUCAGUGCUGCCCUCUGCUGGGGACACAUUUCUUCCCUCCAUCACCUCUGCUGUCUGAGCCAUGAGUUGCUGCAGCAUCCAGCUCACCAGAGACGAGGGUGCUGGGCCUGUUGGGCCCAAUGCAUGGUUAUUUCACUCUUCACCCAGCCCACUCCGGGGGAAGAGUGGCAGUGCUCCUUGGGGCAAAGGGAAAUGGAGUUCUAGGUCGCAGCACUGCUUGAAGCUGUAGAGAGGGGGCUGGGGAGGAGUAAAGUUAUAGAGUUAUAGCAGCUGGGAGGCCUCAUCUAAGAUGGAGCAGCCCAGCUUCAGCAUCCCUUAUCAGCCCCUUUUAAAUGGUGGAUGGGACUGUGCCCUCUGCUCUAACGCAGGCUCCUUGGGCAAAGCACUGGGUGCUGUGUGUCCUAGAUACUAUUGCUGUGUAAUAAGCAGUCUCCCCUCUGCCUUAUUCAAUAAAGAUUUUCCCACAGGCA